CACAGCAGCAUUGAGCACACAAGCAAAGCGGCUUGGAUACAUCCAACAUCCUCACUGGGAACGUGUGUGUGUUUGUGUGUGUGCAUCUGCGCAACAGGACAUUUCCACACGUCUCACCUGUCCCACUCCACGUGUCCAUCCAGCAGUUGUUGAGUGAUGAAGAUGACACAUCUGGGAGGAGUUCUCACAUUGGUGCUUCUCAACAUGGCCGCCCUCGCCCUUGCCAGGCCCAAAGCAGGUCUGGAGCAGAAGUGCAAGUCUGGUCCGGUGGACCUGGUCUUCCUCAUCGACAGUUCCCGCAGUGUCCGUCCACAUGAGUUUGAGACCAUGAGGAAGUUUAUGAUCAACAUCCUGGACACUAUGGACAUCGGGCUAAAUACCACCAGAGUGGGAGUGGUCCAGUACUCCAGUCAGGUCCGCAGUGAGUUCUCCUUGAACACACACAGCACUCUGGCCAACAUGGUGGAUGCCAUCAAUGGCAUCAUCCCGCUCGCCCAGGGCACCAUGACGGGUCUCGCCAUCCGUUAUAUCAUGAACAAUGCCUUCACCAUGCAGGAGGGCGACAGGCCCAAGGUCGCCAACGUGGCAGUCAUUGUGACGGAUGGGCGUCCCCAGGACCGCGUGGCCGAGGUGUCGGCGGAGGCCAGAGAGAAAGGCAUUGAGAUCUAUGCCGUGGGUGUGGCUAGAGCCGACAUGGCCUCCCUACGGGCGAUGGCGUCACCACCCUUCGAGGACCACGUCUUCCUUGUGGAGUCCUUUGACCUCAUUCACCAGUUUGGACUCCAGUUCCAGGACAAAUUGUGUGGUUUGGAUCUUUGCGUGGAAUCUGAACACGGCUGCGAGCACAUCUGUGAAAGUUCUCCUGGUUCCUAUCACUGCCUCUGCCUGCCUGGAUACACACUAAAUGACGACGGGAAGACGUGCACAGCUAUAGACUUGUGUGCCGAGGGCAAACACAACUGUGAGCAGAUCUGUGUCAGCUCACCUGGUGUCUUCACAUGCGACUGUAAUGAAGGCUUUAUGCUCAACAGCGACAAGAAAACGUGCACAAUGAUGGACUACUGCUCGUUUGGGAAUCACACGUGUGAUCACGAGUGUGUGAGUGUUCUCAAAGGCUUUCAGUGUCGCUGCAAUGAUGGCUACAAGUUGCUGGACGACGGCAGGAGCUGCCGGGCUACGGACCUGUGCGUUGAGGGCAAACAUGAUUGUGAGCAGAUCUGCGUCAGCUCGCCCGGGGUCUUCACGUGCGAUUGUAACGACGGCUUCGCUCUCGACAAGGACAAGAAGACAUGCAAACCUAUUGACCUGUGCGUUGAGGGCAAACACGAUUGUGAGCAGAUCUGCGUGAGCGCGCCCGGCGUCUUCACAUGCGACUGUAACGAAGGCUUCACUCUCAACAAGGACAAGAAGACAUGCAAACACUUGGACCUGUGUAACACACUGGAUCACGGAUGCGAGCACCAGUGUGUCAGCACUCCGGGGUCGUACUACUGCAUGUGUCCUGAAGGUCAGCUUCUGCAGGAGGACGGAAAGAAAUGCGGCACCUGUAAGACAGCCAACAUCGACUUGGUUCUUCUAAUCGAUGGAUCCAAGAGUGUUCGCCCUCAGAACUUUGAGCUCGUGAAGAAGUUUGUGAACCAGGUGGUUGACACUCUGGAUGUAUCUGCUCAUGGUACCAGAGUGGGUUUGGUCCAAUAUUCGAGUCGCGUCAGGACCGAGUUCCACCUCAACAUGUACCAUACAGCCGAUGAGAUCAAAGCUGCAGUCAUGAAGGUUCAAUACAUGGAGAAAGGGACCAUGACGGGCCUGGCGCUGAAGCACAUGUUGGAGAACAGCUUCUCUGAGGCGGAGGGUGCUCGUCCUUCUGCUCGCAACAUUCCCCGAAUUGGACUGGUCUUCACGGAUGGACGCUCCCAGGAUGACAUCACAGAAUACGCCAAGAAGGCUAAAGAAGCCGGAAUUACUAUGUAUGCUGUGGGUGUGGGCAAAGCUGUGGAGGACGAGCUUCGGGAAAUCGCCUCAGAACCUGUGGAGAAACAUUUCUACUACACUACCGACUUCAGUGCCAUCAGCACCAUCGCAGAGAACCUCAAACUCAACGUGUGCCCAGAGGAGAGUCAGGGCGAGAUUGAGGUGAAGGACCCAUGCGCCUGCGAGAGUCUGGUGGAGUUCCAGCAGGCCACCAUGAGCAGCCUGGAGCAGCUCACGCAAAAACUGACAGCAAUGAGCGGCCGUCUGGAGCAGCUUGAGAACCAGCUCCUGACUAGGAAGUGAUGCGGUCGUUACGGUGACCCAGAGACAGAAGACGACGCAGGAAGACGCCACAUCCUUCAACGUGUGCAGAAGGCGAUUUUAGAAACGGGCUACUCUGACACAGGCCACGCCCACUUUAGUCCCGCCAUGGCGCCAAGCAGCCGCCACAGAACGAACAGCACGAGAGUGUCAGGAGAUCACGUUUAGAUGACACAUCCUUCUCCGAUGUAUACUUCUCGAACAGAAAGAGUCUUAUUUCUACCACUCUUACAAUGAAAACUUUCUUUUAUCUUAAAUGGGAAGACAGGAAUUAAACUCUCGUUUUUGUGACUUUUCUAUGAAAAAAUAUUUCAGUCUCAAAUGUAUUCCCUUUUGUUUGUUUUUGGUUUAUUUUUUGUAUGUUUUGUAUGUUAUUGAUGGAUCCUCAUAUGCACAUGAGGCAAAU